AAGCAAAGCAGCCGCCCCGCCCCGCGGGAAGUGCGUUCAGCGGCCACGUGACACAGCCAGCCCAUCACGCGCAAAGGGCGGGGCCCGGAGGACACCACUCCCGCCACUCUCCCAGCCCUCCAAUAGAAAAGAAGGAGAUGGUAUUGGUAGGCGGGCCAGACCCGCCUUCCCCGCGGUGGACGCCCCGCGCGAGGCGGGCCCAGCCGCCGCCCUCCAGUCGGGGGGACGGACGAGCUCAGCUAGGCCAAGGCGAAAGAGCGACGCGCACUUCAAUCAGACGGCUUCACCAAUGGGCUUGAGCGCUUUCCGUGGCGCCCGCCCCUGCAUCGGCCUCCCGGCGCCCGCGCUGGUUUCCCUCAGGCCGCCGCGGCGGCGCACGCCCGCGCCUUCAUCCGGGUCCUGGCGCGCUGCUCUCCCGGCGGCGGCGGGCCCGAGGGCCGGGACAUUCCCGCGGCGGCGACGGCCCUCUCCGCGAGCGCGAGGAAACCAAGAUUACCGAGGAGGAAAAAAAAAAGCCUUCCUGUGGUGGUCAGCUGUGAUUCCUUUUCAUCAUUCACCCUGGAUGUUCUCUUCACUGUGGGAUGAGGUAGUAGGUUGUAUAGUUUUAGGGUCACACCCACCACUGGGAGAUAACUAUACAAUCUACUGUCUUUCCUAACGUGAUAGAAAAGUCUGCAUCCAGGCGGUCUCAUAGAAAGUCAGUUAACUAAUUGUACAAUAUUUAAGAUUAACUUGUCUUAAAAAGAUGUAGUGCAGCAUUUGUUUAUGGCCUGUAAGUUUAUUACUUUAGAGGUAAAGUCUGUAGCAAGUACACUGGAUGGGGGUGGGGAUACCUUUUGCUUCUUGUCUUAUUUCUCUGUGUCAGAAUAAAUGUAUUUUUUUAUUUUGAUUGAUGCUGAUAAUUUUAUGUUGACAUUUUCUUUUGAAAGAGAUUGUAAUUUCCAUUCCAGAAGAAAAGAUUGCUCUAUCAGAGUGAGGUAGUAGAUUGUAUAGUUGUGGGGUAGUGAUUUUACCCUGUUCAGGAGAUAACUAUACAAUCUAUUGCCUUCCCUGAGGAGUAGACUUGCUGCAUUAUUUUGUUUUUAUUUAGAUGAUAUUAAAACUCAGAAGAAUUAAUUUUGACUUUCUGUAUUUACAGUUUAUCAGUUAAUUUUCUCUGUUCAAGUAUAGUACAGUAGCACAGAGAUUAACAUUUAAAUUUUUCACAUAUGGUAUAUUUCAGAAAUUUGAAGUUAAGCAAAAAUCUUAAUGAGUAGAGAAAGUAAGUAAGUAGCCUUCAGGAAAUCUUAAUUAGAGGACCAGGCCCUUUUGGAAUUGUGAAUAGGUUUAUAGCCGUACAUCCUGGUACACAUGUCCAAGGUGAGGUCCUGGGUGGUAAAGGUAAAUACAUAUUGGAAGGGCACUGUGUGAGCCAAAUGAGUCGGAUUAAUCAUGAUUAUUUCCAGUUUGGGUUUUGGGUGGUCUUGGAGAAUGUUGUAAGCACUGCUUCAUUGAUAUGUUGAUUGAGCCAGACUUUACUCAGCAGCUGGAAAAGGAGAGAUGGGAGAUGGGCUCUGGGUUCUACCUUUGCUCACUGGUAAGUGCUAAGAUCUCAGCUUUGUCCUCAAACCCUGAAGUAGUCCUUCAUUCACACAGUGGAAUCACUUGAAAAUGUCAGAUGGGGAAGUCCAUAGGUUGCUGCUUUAAAGAAAAUAGAAAAAAUGCUGGAAAAGUUUUCUUGAAUUUUAACACCCGUGAAGGCCCAUGUUUUAGCUUUCCUCCGAUGGGCAAGCCAUACUCUUAACUUGGGUCUUGUAAUCAACAAGCAAGGCUAAAAGCUCUCUAAGUGCAUGUUGUUUAAACUAUUUUGUGUUGGAAAAGAGGCAGUGUGGAGGUGAGGGAGAAGUUCCUCCCUCUCCAGUCAUUUCCAAUAAAUGGAAAUUUAAGGAGAAAUUUUUAUCUUUAAUAUCUAAGAUAAUCACUGUGCAGUGCCAUUGGUACUUUUCAUGGGAGUAGCAACAUCAGACUUCCUUGGAUGGGCCCAACCCAGGUGACUUACUCUGGACCAAAUUUAUGCCUUUUGUUUUAUCCACUGUGGACAGCUGCAUAGAUAAUUGGUCUUUGUUCUAAACUGCACAUAAAAACAUGGGAGAAAAUGACAUUUGUUGCCUUUUGAUGUGCCAAAGAAGAGUGAGAAUGUUCUAAGAAUUCUCUUUGGCUUAAUCUUUGUGAAUUGAAAAUACGUAUAACUCUUUUGGUGAAAGUGUAGCAAGUACAGUCAUGAAAUUUUGUGGUUUUUCUGACACAUGUUCUUCCAGCAUAAUGUUGCCACCUUCAGUUGGAAACGUAUCUUUAAUAAUUAAACUAAGCCCUGCAGAAAAAUUAAUUUAUUUAUUAAUUACGUAUGGACAUUAUUAGCUAAGUAGAGUAAGUAAAUUGAAAUAAAACUUUAAAAGUGCCUUUAUGGAUAGAGUGACUAAAAGCUUGUUUUUAAUGAUGAUGAAAUUCAU